UCUUUCUGUUCACUUUAGACAUUUUCCCUCACUUUGUUGGUUUAAGAAUUUUUUUUUCAAGAUCAACUUUUAUUUAUUAUUUGUGAUUUUUUUAUCAUUUUGUUCAAAAUUAACCAUCAAUUGGACAAAUGACGACAACAAUUAACAGAAUGAUUGUUUGUAAACAUCGUCGGAAGCCAUUAUGUAUUGUAAAACCCAAUUUAACCAGAUUUCUGUGUUUGUUUACUUUAUUUCAAAUUACAUCAGCCAAUAUUACAUGGGCUUACAUUGAUUCAUCGCCUUCAGGGUCAGUAAAACAUGACAAUUCAAAUGAUCCUGUGACCCUUGUGACAACGGAAUCAGACUCAUUGACAGUUCACAAUAACCAUCAUACACCAUCAACUAGCAAUACAAUUGUAAUUAAUGGAGGCCACAUUACUGGUACAUCAUCAAUAUCAACAUUAUCAAUGUCAACAUUGCCUUCAUCUUCAUCAUCAUCACUACCAUCAUUUUCAAAUAGUGCAAUCGAUGAACUAUCAUUAGUCAAUACAACUGACGCUCUUUUAGCUCUACUUUACCCAUCAGAGUUGAGCUCACCAAGUAUAAUUCACAAUCCAGUGUCACUUUCAUAUGCUUCAGCCACAUCACCUUCACCCUCAACCAAUUCAACAACAACCCAGGUGUCAACAUUAAAUGUAACAUCAACUUCAUCCUCCUCUACAGCAGCAAAUUCACCCCAAUCUUCAUCCUCCUUUUCACCAUCUACUUCAACAAUUGUCCCACCGGCAACCUCAACCUCUGCCGAUUCACUUCAAGGUGCAGCAAGUGAACAUCGUCUUCGCUGGAUCGACUAUCGCAAUAGACCUGCUUACCCUCCUCGAGUCCCUCCAGUCCCUGGAAUUCCAAGUGGCUUUCGUAACCCUGUAACUCCGACUUACCUUUCAGCUUCAGGCUCAUCAAUCCCCCAAUCACCUUUGUACCAUAAUCCACCCUUUGGUGGAAGCAGCACCAAUCCAGUUGGAUUUGCUGGAAGCAUUCCAUCAUCACCUUCCUCUUCAGCCUCCUCUACAGCCUCUGCUUCAUCUUCAGGAUCAUUUUUAUCCACCAACGGCAAUGGCAUGUCAAGAAAACCAUCCUACAAUUUAACCAGAGUUGAACAUAUUUCAGCUGAAUGCUCAGACGAUUACAUGAAAGUUGUUACCGUUUUCAAUGGCACUUUUACCGGUUUAGUUUACAGUGCUGGUUAUGUUCAUGAUACCAAUUGUAUCUACGUUAACGGAACCGGUCGAAAUCGAUACGAUUUUUUCAUUCGCCUUAACCAGUGUGGAACCCUUGGAAGACAAGAAAUGUAUCAUCCCAAAAGACCAGGGGAAUUAAGAAGACGUGAUCAAGUUAUGUGGAACACUUUAUCCAUUCAAUAUAAUCCGUUGAUUGAAGAGGAAUUUGAUGAACAUUAUCGGGUUACUUGUGAAUAUGGAAGUGAUUUUUGGAAAACUGUUACCUUUCCUUCAAUUGGAGUCGAAUCAUUCGAAUUUUCGGCCUCUGACAGGGUCAACACAGGAAGUCCGGUUGUUUUCACGAUCAACCCACCCCAGUGUCAAAUGGAGAUCAGGAGAGGAUUCAGUAUUGCAGGACCUCGCACUUCAGGACCAGUUACUGUUGGUGAUCCAUUGACUUUGCUGAUUCACAUGAAAAGUGAAAAAGCUGGAUUUGAUAUUCUGGUUAAAAACUGUAUCGCUCACAAUGGUGCUAAUCAGAGGCUUCAACUAAUAGAUACCAAUGGAUGUGUUACCAAUGAAAAGUUGAUCAGUCCAUUCCGAGGAACUUACAAUACUGAUGAUGGACACCAAGUGACUUUGUAUGCUUACCUUAAAGCCUUUCGUUUCACUGGAAGUCCGGCUUUAUAUUUGGAAUGCGAUAUUCACAUGUGUCACAAUAAGUGUCCUCCUCAACGUUGUUAUUGGAGAAACUUAUCUAAACGUGAUUUAACCUCUGUUUCAAUGAAAAAAUCAUCUCCAAGUGAUAAUCCAUUAAUCUCUGAAAGUAUUAGUUUAUUUCAAGCUUUGGAGGUACGUCAUGAUGAUGAACCUCAAGAUGCUGUUUCAAGAGAGGCACGGAAUCUUGGAUCUUUGGUUGAUAUGGAAGAUGGCGUUUGUUUCAGGAUGCAAAGGAUUGCCGUUUUUCUGGUUACAUUGGCAAUUUUGUUUAUUACGACCAUUUUCAUCUCGGUUUGCAGUUGCCUUAAAUUGCGACAGUUAAAAAAAGAAACUCGAUGUGUUAAUUAUCCAAGUAGUCCAUACAAAUCAAGUAAAAGGAGUUGUUCAAGUUCAAUGGGAAGUAACUCAAUGUUACACUCUCCAUACAAACCUCAUUCGACUAGAUAUUAGUUAUCAUUUUGAUUUCAUUUCUUGAUUUUAUAAUUCUUAUUUAUUUGACACUCAUUUUUCUUAUGUUUUUAUUGCCAAAAAUAUCAACCAUUCACUCAAUUAAUUAAUAACUUUUCAUUUUUAAUCUUCUCCUAAUUAGUUUUUCUCUAUUGACCAUCAAGACAGUUACAGUCUACUUUCACUUCAACUUGUUGAAGCUUGGACAACUUUAGCUAUGCUCAACAUUUGAAAGGUUUUUGUGAUACUCAGUUCAAACUAGAUUACCAAAAAGCGAUGGUUAUAAUGAUAAAGUUGAAUUUUUUUCAAAAACAUCAUUCAAUUCGCGCUGUUUGGACUUGACUUUGAAUCUAAAUGCUCAUGGUUUGAAAAAGAGAUUAACUAAUCAGGAGGAAAGCAUUGGACUUGAAGGGAAAGAAACAGUUUAUAAUUAUUAUAAAUGAAAAUCUUUCCCUUUGAGAUCAUUGAUUAUUUGUAUUUUAAUGUUCGUAUGUUGAAAAUUUGUUUGUUUCCCUAAUUGGCCUAUUUAAUUGUCCCUUGUUUAACCAAUUAUGUAAAAAUAUAUCAUUCCAAUCACAAUUACAAAUUGUAAUUCUGUCCUUUCUUCAUCAAGUCAUUUUUGGUGCCGGUCUCAUCAUCAUCCAUAUUGAACAAUUUUUUAGGUGUUGGAAUCUCUUCUCUCAUCAUUUUAUUUAACAAUCUUCAUCUUUCAACAUCAUUCUCUGAUCUUAAUUUGCUUGAUCAUAAUUGUAAACAUCAACCUAAUAUUUUUCCACUUUUUUGUAAUUAAAUAAUCAGCUUUAACAAAAA